ACCGAACGCAUGAGUGACGAAGCGAUCUGUGCGAAACAGAAAUUCUCCGCUGUCCACGAUGGUGACGCGUGCGCGGGACUAACAGUUCUUGGCAAAUUAUUAAGUUCUUAGACUCUCUUCGGAGGAUGACUGCGUUCGACUUCUCCGACGUAGAGGCGUUUCUGGACCGGCACCCGGACCUCUUCGAAGAGUACCUCAGUAGGAGAGGCAAGCGCGCUCCCGGGAGCGCGUGGCCAGGGGAGCCUCGGCCCCCGGCGGCGGGGCCGCUCGCCCAGGACAACAACAACAACAAGAAGCGGGGCGGCACCGCCGGGGGGGACCCCGACGCCCCCGCGAACACGGACGGGCUGCAGCGGCGCGCCUCCUCCCACACGGAGCUCCGACGCAACUUCGCGCGGUCCAAAGCCAUGACCGCGCACCGCACCUACGACGAGCGCGUGAGCCAGAGCGCGCGCGAGACACGCUCCAGCGUGCGCCGCCGCGCGCUCCUGCGCAAGGCGAGCUCGCUGCCGCCGACCACGGCGCACAUCCUGAGCGCGCUGCUCGAGUCGCGGGUCAGCGUGCCGCGGUACGCGUCGAGCGCCAUAGACUACAAGUACCGGCUCAAGGAGUCCAACGAGAGGGAGUUCUUCCUGGAGCUGGUGAAGGACAUCUCCAACGAGCUCGACAUGACCAACUUGAGCUACAAGAUCCUCAUCAACGUGUGCAUCCUCUUGGACGCGGACAGGUGCUCGCUCUUCCUCGUGGAGGGCCCGGCCCACAAGAGGACUCUCGUGUCCAAGUUCUUCGACGUGCACUCGGGCACCACGGUGCGACCCUCGUCCAGCGCCGUGGACUCGGGCGAGGUGCAGGUGCCCUGGGGCAAAGGCAUCAUCGGCUACGUGGCCGAGCACGGAGAGACGGUCAGCGUCCCCAACGCGUACGAGGACCAUCGGUUCAGUGAUGAGAUUGACAAGCUGACAGGGUACAAGACUCAGUCCAUCCUGUGCAUGACCAUCCGCAACAGUGAUGGCGAGGUCAUCGGUGUGGUGCAGGCCAUCAACAAGAACCCAGGGGGCAGACCCUUUACGGAGGAUGACGAGAAGGUGCUGCAGAUGUACCUGCCUUUCUGCGGAAUUUCGAUCUCCAACGCCAAGCUGUUUUCGGAAUCCCGCAAGGAGUACGAGAGGAGCAGGGCCUUGUUGGAGGUGGUGAACGAUCUGUUUGAGGAGCAGACGGACCUGGAGAAGAUCGUGAGGAAGAUCAUGCAGCGUGCGCUGACGCUCCUGCAGUGCGAGCGCUGCUCCGUUCUCCUCUUGGAGGACAUCGACUCGCCUGUGGUGAAGUUCUCCCAGACGUUUGAGCUGAUGUCUCCUCUCUGUAGCGCCGAUCACGAGAUCAGGUGCGAUCUACACUUCAGCAUGGAGAAGCUGUCCUGCUCCGACUGGCUGAUCAAUAACAGCAUUGCAGAGCUGGUGGCAUCCACUGGUCUGCCCGUCAACAUCAGCGACGUGUGUCAGGACCCCCGCUUUGAUGCAGAGGCAGACCAGGUAUCCGGGUUCCACAUCCGGUCGAUUCUGUGUGUGCCCAUCUGGAACCGCACCCACCAGAUUAUCGGGGUUGCCCAGAUCCUGAACCGUCUCGACAGGAAGACAUUUAAUGAUGCGGAUCAAAGACUUUUUGAGGCCUUUGUGAUUUUCUGCGGGCUCGGAAUCAACAACACAAUGAUGUACAACCAGGUGAAGAAGACUUGGGCCAAGCAGUCUGUGGCACUUGAUAUGCUGUCCUAUCAUGCCACUUGUUCCAAGGUAGAGGUGGACAGGCUGAAGGCAGCGAAAAUCCCCUUGAGCAGCGAGCUGGGCAUAGACGAGUUCCACUUCAGUGACUUCUCUCUGGACGACGACGCCAUGAUCACCGCAUCCCUCCGCAUGUUCUUGGAGCUGGGAGUCGUUCAGAAGUUUAAAAUCGACUAUGAGGUCUUGUGUCGCUGGCUGCUUACCGUGAGGAAGAACUACCGCACUGUUGCUUACCACAACUGGCGUCACGCCUUCAAUGUUUCCCAGUGCAUGUUUGUCAUGAUCACAACAGCUGGCUUCCAGGACGUCCUGUCAGACAUGGAAACUCUGGCGCUGAUGGUGGGGUGUCUCUGCCAUGAUUUGGACCACCGUGGCACCAACAAUGCCUUCCAGGCUAAGUCCGGUUCAGCUUUGGCACAGCUGUAUGGGACGUCUGCCACCCUGGAGCAUCACCAUUUCAAUCAUGCUGUCAUGAUUCUUCAGAGCGAGGGUCACAACAUUUUUGCCAGCAUGUGCUCUGAAGAGUACAGCAACAUGAUGCAGCUUCUGAAACAGGCCAUUCUGUCUACUGAUCUCACCUUGCAUUUCCAGAAAAGAAGCAAGUUCUUUGAGUGCGUUCUGUCUGGGGAGUUCAGCUGGAGCAAUGAGGAGCACAGAGAGAUGUUCAGGUCCAUGAUAAUGACAGCAUGUGACCUAGGGGCCGUAACCCGACCCUGGGAAAUCUCCAAACAGGUGGCAGAGCUGGUAACCAGUGAAUUUUUCGAGCAGGGUGACCGGGAGCGGUCAGAGCUAAAGCUGACACCAGCUGCAAUCUUUGACCGCAAUCGGAAGGAUGAGCUGCCUGCUUUGCAGCUGGAGUGGAUUGAUGGGAUUUGUAAACCUCUUUACCAGGCUUUGGUGACUCUGAACAGGAAGUUGCAGCCCAUGGUGGAUGGCAUCAAUGCGAAUCGAAUAAAGUGGGAGGAACUGUCCUUCAUGAGUCAACAAGCACAGGGAAUAUUCAAGUCUAGCCUGCAAGAAGAAGAGGAGAAAGUUGCACAAGAAACUGAAGCUUGAAGAAAAAAACAGACUAAAGAGCAAGUGAAGGGUAUUGGAAGGUCUGGUUAUGGCCGCUAGCUUUGUGCUGUUUUCCCACUUUGCAGACUGGAUUUUGUUUUUA